AUGGCGUCAAAUUUCUUCAACAACAAAGCGAGAGCUGCGGCGGCGGCGGCGGCUGCGGCUUCGGGGAGCUCGAAGCAGAAGAACUCGGGAAAUGCGGAAGAGAAGGCGCGUCUACAGCCCUGGGUUGAGAAAUACCGACCUAAAACGCUCGACGAUGUCGCGGCACAAGAUCAUACUACCACAGUCCUUCAGCGAACGUUACAAGCUUCCAACCUCCCUCACAUGCUCUUCUACGGGCCCCCCGGCACAGGCAAAACAUCCACCAUCCUCGCCCUCGCUAAAUCUCUCUUUGGCCCAACCCUCUACCGCACCCGCAUCCUCGAACUCAACGCCUCCGACGAACGCGGUAUCAAUAUUGUGCGCGAAAAGAUCAAGGACUUUGCGCGCACCCAACUCUCGCAACCUACCGGUCUCGACGCCGCCUACCGCGAAAAAUACCCCUGCCCACCAUUCAAAAUCAUUAUUCUCGAUGAGGCGGAUAGUAUGACGCAAGACGCGCAAUCGGCGCUGAGACGGACGAUGGAGCAGUAUAGUCGGAUUACGCGGUUUUGUCUUGUUUGUAAUUACGUCACGAGAAUCAUUGAGCCGUUGGCGAGUCGAUGCAGCAAGUUUCGUUUCAAGGCGCUUGAUGGCGCGUCGGCGGGUGAUCGGAUAAGUGACAUUGCGGCUGCGGAAGGAUUGACGCUUGAUGAAGGUGUUGUGGAGACAUUGAUUAGGUGCAGUGAGGGUGAUCUGCGGCGGGCUAUUACAUAUCUCCAGAGUGCGGCGAGGUUGGUGGGCGCGACACAGCCAGUGAAGAAAGAUUCACAAGAUGAUACGGAGAUGACGGAUGCGGAUAGUACCCCUGCUUUGAUUACGGUGCAGACUGUGGAAGAGAUUGCGGGUGUUGUGCCGGAGACUGUGCUGGACAAAUUGUCGCAGGCAAUGCAGCCGAAGAAGAUGGGAUCGGCGUACGAGGCUGUUGCGGCAGUUGUUUCGGAUAUUGUUGCUGAUGGUUGGAGUGCUACACAAGUGUUGACUCAGUUAUACCGCCGCAUUGUCUUCAAUGAUGCCAUCCCCGAUAUUCAAAAAAACAAGAUUGUCAUGGUAUUCUCAGAGAUGGACAAAAGGUUACUUGAUGGCUCGGACGAGCAUCUUUCUAUUCUAGAUAUGGUGUUAAAGAUUUCGGGCAUUCUGGGAUCAUGA